AUUCCUAACACUGUAAUCGAUCGAUUAAGUUACGGUCAGGUUACGGUAAAAGGUAACGUUUCCUGAACCGUAUGAUCGUCCGGAUUAACGCACUUCCGUUAAAAAGAUAUGGUGCCACGAUGUCUUAGGGCUCAUCCGAAAGUGCAUUCAACUCAUUGCUAAAUGGGAAGAAGUUGCAAUAGCAUAAAUACUUUUGGUUCGAAUGUGUGCAUUAAAUGCGUAAAAUGGAGAAUCCAGAGUGUACUUUAUUGAGUGUCGUGAAGGUUGAGGAAGAUCUAAAGGAGUUUAAACAGGAACCUGUUGAUGAUGCAGACUUGGAAUUCGUACAAGUUGAAGAUACUCUGUCUCUGGAUGAGGCCUCCUUUGAGCAGGGGACGGCUGAUGACUCCAGAGAUGCCCUUGCAAUGUUCUCUGGAGACGAACUGAUGAGGAGCGACCGCUCGUUAAGCAGCUCCAAAGGUGACAUUGGCCAGCGAAGGCGGCUUCGUUUCUCGGAGGCUGAUGACAUGGUGCUCCUGCGUCGGGUGGCAGCCCUGAAUCCAUACAAAUGUUCCGCUCUCUGGAAGGAUGUCACCCAGAUGGUUGCCAUGAGAACUGGCAAGAAUUUCUCAGUACGUUCUAUUCGUGAACAUACUGACUUGCUCAUGAACACUUACUCUCUUCGCGGAAUGGAAGCCUGCCUCAAGAGGGCUCCAUGUGACAUGCGGGAAAAGAAGAAGCAGUUGCUUCAAAAAGUGCUAGAGAUAUGGAAGAAAGACUCUCAUCCUGCCAAAUCGUCAACUGGGAAUUCAACCAGCAGCAAGAGACCAGGGAAGGAACUUUUGGCAGACAACCAUCUAGAGCAUCCUGAUGACAGAGGUGAUGUAGAAGCAGACAACUCUAAUCCAGAUCCAAUCUCAGAUUUUCCAAUCGCUAAAAGUAGUCCCAGUCAACCUAUUGCUUCUAAUGAACAAAUGUCUGCAGUGUCAAAGACACCUUCAAUUUCUCUACUGAUUCCACAACAGAACAGCCCUGUUAAACUGCACUACAGCACACCUGCAUCAUCUGUGACUUACCCUCCAUUAUUGGCAAGCGGGCUCCCGCCCAACAUCCAACAGUUAGCUUUGAGUGCACGGAUGGGCUUGCAGAAACUGGCUGUUCCUUCUGCUUUCCCCUUCCCAGGGUGGGGGAGGCCAGUGCUGUCGAAAUUGGUCACUGCACCACCCUCCCGCAAUAGCCCACUUGAUCCUGUAGCGGACUCCGUCUUGCCAGAUCAGCCCCUUCCUCUCGUAUCCAAGAGUUCACCUGCACCCCCCACCUCCCCCGUGCCUGUGAAGGUAGACCAGUGCACAUCCCCAAUACCGUCUCUAAGUGGCGUGGCAACAAUAAAUGAUGCAGUUGCAGCUAGUGAUAAUCCUAUUGCUUCACACACACUACUAUUAGAUGACUCAACAGAGUUAGGUAAACAGGCAACUGCAGCAGUGUCAAUGAGGCCAGAGCGAAACAGUGAUUGUACAGUCAAAAAGAGGGGACCAAGGACAAGUUCUAUAUUAAGGGCCAGACUUCAUUUCCUCCAAGUGAGGCACAGGGACGAAUAUGGCUUGAGGGUGAAAGAACUCAACCUGAGGAAGCAGAGGCUUGCUUUGGAGGCAAGGAAGUUGCAUUUGGAGGAGAGGAAGGUGCAGCUUGAGGAAGAGAAGUGGAAAGUGGAGAAAAAGGAACGUGAGGAGAAGCUCCUUUUGAUUGCCGAGGAUAGGCAGAAUAAAAUGGCAUUGGAAAGAAGACAGCAAAGCAUGAUUGAUAUUCUCUUGGAACUCAAAAAGAAAGAGUGAUAGCUUAAAACAACGCCUGUUGAACAAAUUAACAUGGUCUUGACAUCAAUAAAUAUUCUUGUUCACUCUCAAGGAUGCACUAUUUUCUCAUUUUUGUCAUAUUUCAAAAUACUUUUCUUUAAUUCAUUUGAACACAGUUUUAGUCAUUGGAUUGGUUGUUGUGAGCACCUUGCUGGAAGGUAAUGUCUUGCUGAAAUUAUUAUCUCAUAUAACCACAUGUCACACAAUGGUGAUGAAAAUAAGCGUUUCUUUUGCAAUAUUGGAUUGAUAAUGGAGAUUUAAUGCCUUGAAAAAUAAGUUUGAAAACGCCAAGAAAUAGCAUUACAAGUUAGUGUUCUUCUUGUUUAGAGAUGCCUAUAUGUUUUUAUUUUUCUUGACUGCAAAUAAAGGAAUUGAAAUUGUAUGAACUCGUUGAUACCUACAAACAGUUCCGUUUUCAACGUUCCUUGAAUAAAGAUGUUUUUUUGUCUACGUUUGUGCAAGGUUACUUAUUACUUAUUUUUAUGUACAUUAUCCAAUCAUCUUUUAGUAUCUUUUUUAUUCUUAUUUACAUGGAUUGUGCAACCGUGUGGGAAAUUAUUAAUGCUGGCACUCAUGAUCAACCAAUGAGCCUCUUAUAAAGAUCAGUUAAAUGACAAAAAAUGUGUUGAAUGAAAUAAAAGGAAAAUGAGUUGAAGUAUGGCUAAGAAAUGUGGAUUCUAAAACUCAGAGACGCCCAAAGUGUGGAAGCUACUCUGAUGGGAUUGCUAUAUCACCUGACAGGAAUCAUAAGACUACACCUCAAAGAAAUUAGGACCUUAAAACAAAGAAUAUUGGCAAAAGGAGGGAAUAAGGAUGUAAGAGAACCAGAAGAGAUGGUUUUCCCAUGUUCACAUUAUGAUAAAGCAAAGAUUACCAAAAGAUGCCUUAAAGAAGAAUCUCCUAGGACAGAGAGAUACAGGAUGAAGAUAUGGAUCAUUCAAGAACACCCAGAGAUAUAGCUACCAGUUCUACUGAUUAAAUAUGAUCAGGUAACAUGCCUAGUACAUGUGCAGAUGAUGGUGAUUAGUGGGCACGUUUCAAUGAAAUGUCAUUUUUCUUUUCAGUUUAGAGCAAUGCCUUUCAGUAAAGACAUUAGCAACAAAUGUUCUCCACAGAAUUUCUGAGUAGCCUAUUCCAUUUCUUUGCUCAGUUUUUGAAGUGUCAGCCGUUGUGAGAAUAGUCUGAAAAACCUAACAGCAUCGUUGUGUGUUUGGACAAUUGUAACGACAGACGAUUGUUUGGUAAGGCAGAAAUUCUGUUAAAGAACAGUCAAAAACCAAAACUUUUCAUGCUGAGUUCACUUGAACGAAAUAAAAAAGCCUCGAUUACAUCAGUAACGUAUCCAACAGCUUGAGUUAUUCAUCUGAAUUGGAAUCGAAAAAAAAUUUAAGUCAUUGUUCUCUGCUUUUAGGGUAAUUAAAACAUUUCAAGAACAUUCUAUUGAUCAUUUUUGGUAAUGUUUUUUGUCAUCAAAAUCUGCCCGCUAAUUAUCAUUAUCUCUUCAACAUAUCAUAUCAUGUUGCAUGAUAUAUUGUUCUUGAUUCAGUUGGGGCGGAUUUUGGGCAAGGUGAGCAGGGUAGUUACUGUGGGUACUGGGUACCUGAGACUGCCAACAUUUUUGAAAAUUAUAUACUUUUACACUUGUUAAGUUUUUAAAUUAUUUAUUUUGUAUAUAUUCAGUUAAUAAAUGUUACCCAAUGUUAAAACAUUCAUAAUAAUUUUAAAAAAUUAUUUAGCAAAUAGGAGCAGUAGUACAUACAAUAGCAAUUAAUAUCAAAAAAUGUUUUGUAAAUUAGUUUUGUUUUUUUUAAUGUGUGAGGGUGCCCAUUUAUUUAGCCCUUGGCACCAAAAACUCAAAGCCCGUCCCAGAUUCACUACACACUACCUGUAAUUACAAUAUAUACAGGUACUAAAAGUGCAGUAUGAUUGGUGAACAACUUGUGGAAGAGUAUGUCUAUUAACCUUUAAGUGGUAACACAAAUUUUAUUAUGUUAUAGGUGACACUGGUGUAUCAAACCCUGCGAUUUAUUUCUUGUUUCAAUUUACAUUCUUGAAUGUACUUCUUAUAUAACUAAAAACUGAGACUAGUCUUUGGAUGACAAUUUCCCAAAUAUAAUUUUUUUAACUUGAAAUUCUUAAAGCAGGCUUGUUAUAGGAAUGUUUUAAGAUAGUGUGAAAUUCAGUGUUAUAUAUUUGUUUUAGAUUAUAAUAAUUCCAUAAUUCAAUAUAAAUUUGGUCUUCUGUCAUUCAUAGCCAAAAUUCUUGGAACACUCCUAGUAAUUCGGUGUUUCACACUUAAUGCACUUGUAAUUAGUAGGGAAUGGAUUUCCAUGCAAAAUUGUUUUCAGUGGUAGAAGAUAUCUGUAUUUGAUAUAUCUUUCUACUGUUUAUAUCGCAUUCUAGGAACAUUAAAGAAGUUUUUAUUUUACAUAUUUUUGUAUAAUUACGUAUUUUACUUAUCGCUACACAUUUCAUUAUAUUUUAAUAUCUUGUGUGUCAAAAUGGAAUAUUGGUAAUAUGAGUUUGCAAAAAAACUUUCAAAUUCAGUAUCAACUGCGCCUUUUGUUGCUUUGUAAUGCAAAAUUAUUGCACGUUUUGUGGCUUCUGUAUUGCUAAUUGUUUUGUGUCAGUACAGAGUGAUAAGAACUAUGUUCCUGUCUUACGAUCGAUAGUUUACAAUCGUAGUGUCUGGUGUAAAAUAAAAGGAAGAGUUGUGAACUUCUUUAUGGUGCAUUUGUUGGGGAAUAUUUUUUUGUUAUUGUGCCCAGAUUGUUUUCCUUUUUAGACGAGAACAUGUAAAAAUAUGAAGAAAUAUCACAACAUAAGGAUUAUGCGCCUUCAAUUCACUACUUAUAUCUGAUAAAAUUCAGGCCUUGAUUUUUUCUGAUUCUCUGCCGGAAAGAUUUAUAUGUGUUAAUUUGAGUUGCAAAACAUGAAGUAAUUACAGUCACAUAGAAUCGAAGUCUUAAUGUCAUAUUUCGCCAGUUAGCUUUUGACACUUUUUUUAGCAAUUAUUGUCAAGAUAAUAAUUAUGUGCAUUGGUGAGAUACAUUUGCUUUAUCCCCUAUUUUGCUGGUUUAUUUGGCAUGUACAUGCUAAACUUGACACUUUUCUCUGAACAGGGUAAGUGCUCCAAUAUUGUAGUUUCUGUUUGAUAUCAGUUUAUUGAAAUUAAAAGAAAUUGCUGCAGCUGAAUCUUCUUUUUCCCUUUCUUUACAUGUAGAUGAGUCGUCAAAUCUCAAAGCCAAUAAAAGGACUUAACAACAUUUCAAUGACAUACUUCCCUGAAAUAUUGGGCAUCUGUAGAACUGAGUGCCUGUUCUCGACUGGAUUUGAAGAUAGUGCAUAAUUUCAUCAAACAUGUGAAUACUUCAAUUUCAUCAUAACAGUGCCUUUGUAUCAGGGAUUUUCAUUUGUGUAUUUUGAGGUUACUUCUGAUCAGUCCUAGCUCUGUAUUUGUAUGCCUAAUUAUUUCAGUAAUAAUUUUGUUAUCGGCUCCACACUUCUUCAGGCCUAGAAUUCUCUUUUUGAGACAAUCACCUUUUAGUGAAGACCAUUUCACCUUAAUAAUAUUAGUGUCCUUGUGUACACUCUUGUUUGUUUGCUCUGAACUCCAUGUGAAACAUUCUCUUUCCUACAAGAAAAACUGAUUGAUGUCAUCUGUUGCAUCAGAAUCUGAACUCCCUUUCUUCACUAUAAUUUUCAUCAAUUUCUGAAUUUGUUUUGUGAGUAGAACCCGAGAAAUCUUCAUCCUCUGGUGCAAAUGAAUGUUUUUAUACAAUUGUCUUCAUCACUUUAUCUCCUUGUUGUUAGGCUAAAUGGAUCAACAGCUGACUUCGACAAGACAUGUUUAUAUGCUUGUUCUCUUUGGAAAUUUUCAACUAAACUGAAAUAAAUAAUGAAAUAACCUUGGCUAUAUCAUUUUAAUGGUUCUUGCUUCAAACAAUAUUUACAAGGUGCAAGAAAUGAUCACAAUACAAUUCCUGAGUAGCCUAUUCAAUUUAUUCACUCGUGUAUUGGAAUGUCAGUCUUUG